UCAAUAAUUCUUCAAAAAUUCGUAUGAGCACAAAAAAAUACUGGCGUGAAUUAAACGCAUUGCUCCCAAUUGUCAAGAAAAGGACAUGAUGCUUGGCCCCUUGUUUAGUUGUCUUCCGCUGAGUAAUUGAACAAGGAAAAUGGUAAUAAUGAUGAGAAUCAAAGAAAUUAAACAAGUCAAUCGUGAAACUUUUCUUUGUAGUUUCAAUAGGUCACAGAGAUUUCCAGCAGAACUUCUCAAUAUUUGUGGAUACUCGAAGCUCUUUGUUCAUUUGAAACAAAGUUGGUUUUUACUUCAAUUUUCUUUGAACUCAGAAAAAAAAAAAAUUGCGUGGAUCGAAAUAGAAAGCUCCAUCUUGGAUCCUGAACAUUCAUAUUUUCUAGUUGGUCCUUAAUUCUCCUUUCCUAAUGAUCUCUGAAGUUGGUGAUGUAAAAAGUUCUCAGAUCUUAAUUUAGAAGGUCCAUCCCCAAUUAGAAAUUUCAAUUUCCAAGUUGAUCCAUCAACAACUUGUUCUCUUCUACUUCACACUUUCAUAGAGUUAUAUAUUGCUCCUAAAGUAAUUAAGUCGUCAAACAGUUCCAUUGAAGCAAACCAUCGUCUUCUAUCAUCCCCACAUCUUGGGGCUAGCUACAGCGCCAGACACUUCGUUUCAUUUCUGCAUUGCUCUUCUUUCUAUAACUCAACCAAAAAAAAUUAGGCUGGUCCUUGAAUUUCCUUCACUGAUCUAUGGAGUUGGUGAAGUAAAAAGUCCAUAUAGCUCUUGACGAUCCAUCCCAAGUGAGGUUGAUCCUUAAUUCUCCUUUCCUAAGGAUCUCCGGAGUUGGUGAUGUAAAAAGUUCUCACAGCUUAAUUUAUGAGGUCCAUUUCCAAUAAGAAUUUUCAAUUUCUAAGUUGAUCCAACAACAAUUUGUUCUCUUCUACUUCACAAUUUUCCGAUCCCAAAGUGAUUAAGAUCAUCAAAGAAUGGCUGCUGAAUUUGCUGCCUCUACUGCUGCCAAUGGUGUAGGAAACCUCACAACAGAAUAUGCAUCACCUUAUGUUAGCUACUUUUUCCGAUUUGGGAAAAUUGCUAAAGAAUUCAAUAUUAAGCGAAAAGAUCUUCAAUCAAAAAAAAAUCGGAUAAGACAUGAUGUCGAUGAGGCUAUAAGGCAAACUGAGGUCAUUGAGGAGGACGUCCAGGACUGGGUAGAAAGGGCAGAGAAAGAACUGAAAGAAACCCAGAGUUUGGAAGCUGAAAUAGAACGUAUGAAGUGUUUCAAUUGGUGUCCAAGCUGGGGUUGGCGAUAUUGCUUAAGUAUGAAAGUGGCAAAGAAGACGAUCUCUAUCAAUAAACUUCUUGAGAGUUAUAACUUUCCACGGAUGGGCUACCGUCCUCCUCUUCAGGGGAUAGAAUUCUUCCCAUCUAACGAUUUCAUGCCUUCUGAAUCUUCAAAUUCAACUUUCAAUGAGAUCACCAGGGCUCUAAACACUAAUGGUGUGAACAUGAUCGGAUUGUAUGGAAUGCCAGGGGUGGGCAAAACAACUUUGGCAAAAGAAGUUGGGAAGCAUGCUAGAGAACAAAAGCUCUUUGACAAAGUUGUAAUGGCUACAAUGUCCGAAACGCCAGACAUCAACAAAAUUCAAGAUAAAAUUGCAGAAUUAUUAGGUUUGAAAUUUGAAGCAAGCACGGAGGAAGGAAAAGCAGAAGAGUUAUGGCGGCGAUUGAAAGGCGAGGAGAAGAUCCUCAUAAUUAUUGAUGAUGUUUGGAAUGAAUUUAAAUUGCAGACUGUAGGUAUUCCAUUCGGUGUUCAACAUGAGGGUUGCAAAAUUCUUCUGACUACACGUAGUGAACAAGUCUGUGAUCACAUGAAGUGUCAGAAAUUUCAUCUCGGUAUCUUGUCCGAAGAUGAAGCAUGGGAUUUAUUCAAAGAUAAUGCUGGUCUAAACGAUGUUUCUUUGGCGUUGAAUGAUGUAGCCAAGGAGGUUGCCCGUGAAUGUAAGGGUUUGCCUCUUGCAAUUGUAGUAAUCGCAAAAGCUCUAAGUGGUGAAGAUCUAGAUGAGUGGAAAGCAGCAAAUCAGAGACUCAAGGACUCAAGACAUUCAGACAAUGAAGAUGUUUGUGAAGGUUUGUACAACCGCCUCAAGCUUAGUUAUGAUCAUUUAAAGGGACACGACAUUCGAUCAUGUUUCUUGUUGUGUUCCCUUUUUCCAGAAGACUUUCACAUUGGUGUUGAAUGGCUGAUUAUGUUCGGGAUUGGUUAUGGAUUAUUUUCUGAUGUUUACUCAAUUCAACACAUCCGGAUGGAAAUUUGUGUCGCACUAAGAAAACUCCAAAAGUCUGGUUUGUUAUUGAAAAUUGAUGAUCGUGAAGGUGCUUAUGAUAAUGAAGUCUAUGUAAGCAUGCAUGACGUGGUUCGUGACUUUGCUCAUUGGUUAACAUUGAGGGAGAAAAAUAUUUUCAUGGUAAAAGAGGGGUUGACGGAAUGGCCUAAAAGUGAAAGUUGUGGAUGUUAUACAGCAAUCUCUUUUUGGAACAGCAAGAUAAACAAUUUUCCCAACAAAUUGGAAUUUUCAGAACUCAAAAUUUUGGUUUUUAGAGGAAAGAAUUUCUUGAGAAUUUCGAGUACAGUUGUUAAAGGAAUGAAGGCCCUUCGAGUUUUACAUCUCGAAAAUAUCAGUUUUUCACUGGAAGUACUUAAAUUCGUAACAGAUCUUCGAACAUUGUGCUUUGUAAAUUGCGAGUUGGAGAACAUCUCAUCAUUGAGAAAUAUGGAAAAACUUGAGAUUCUUGCAUUUUCUGAUACUAAUAUUUAUGAGCUACCUGAGGAAUUAGUAGUAUUGCAUGAACUAAAAUCGCUUCAUUUUUCUCACUCUGGAAGCAAACAGAUCAAUUUUCCCCCUAACUUGCUAUCAAGGUUGACAUCACUCCAAGAGCUACACGUGACAUGUAAAAACAAUGUUUACUUAUCGGAGCUGAAUUCAUUGUCUCGUUUGACUGCGCUGUCAAUGAUAGUUUCUACCGCUCAAUGUUUUCCAGAAAACUUUGUGUUCCCUAAACUACAAAGGUACAUUAUAGCUGUAAAUGAAGAUCUUCCAUUUAUGCAGGGACUAAACUUUAGAACCUUGGACAUUACUGAAUUCGCAUCUUCAUUAAGUGCAUUCAAGAAGUUGUUUUACAACGUGGAAAAGUUGGCUCUGGAGAAUGUCAUGGGACACAAAAAUAUUGUCCCAGACGUAGAUCCAAAGGGGCUAAAUGAAUUAACUUCUCUUGAGCUUAAAAAGUGCGAUGAUAUGGAAUGCUUGAUGGAUACAACAGGAGAGAAGGGACCAACCACUGCAUUCUCUAAUUUGGUGAAAUUAAGAAUGAGGAAUGUGACUUGUUUGAAAGAGUUGUGCCAUGGUCCACCUCCGAUUAGCUUCUUACAAAAGUUAAACGAUGUAACCAUUAUUUAUUGUAAGCAGUUGAAAGUGGUAUUUGAAAUGGAUGGACUUCUUGAAAAGGGAGAAAUUAGUCAGACGCCGCUAUUUUCAAAUUUAACAAGUUUGAGUCUAAAUUCUUUACCAGAAUUGGAGAGUAUAUGGAAAUUACAAUCAGCCCAUCAAUAUCAUGCAAGCCUCCAAAGUCUAAAGGUUGCAAGAAUUUCGGAGUGCGGUGAACUGAAAUCCAUCUUCCCGCCUUGCCUUGCUCAAAGUUUGUUGCACCUACAAGAACUCGAUAUAUCUCGCUGCAAUAGAUUAGAGCAAGUCUUUGAUUUUCCCCAGGAAAUGACUGAGCUUCAGGUUCAGCCACUCUCUAAUUUAACUUCUUUGGAGCUAGUGUCAUUGCCAGAACUGAAGUGGAUAUGGAAAGGGCCCACCCAUCUUGUUAAACUCCGAAGUCUUAAGACUAUGAGAAUAAACAUGUGUUUGAAGCUGGCACAUCUCUUUCCAACUCCCCUUGCUCAAAGUUUGUUGCAUCUGCAACGACUCUACGUACAAUUCUGUAAAGGAUUAGAGCAAAUCUUUAAUUUUUCUCAAGAAAUGGUUGAGCUUGAGGUACGCCCACUCUCUGAUUUAACUUAUUUAGCGCUAGAGUCAUUGCCAGAACUGAAGUGGAUAUGGAAAGGGCCCACCCAUCUUGUUAAAUUCCAAAGUCUAGAGACUAUCAGAAUAAAGAAGUGUUUGAAAGUGGCAUAUCUAUUUCCAACUCCUCUUGCUCAAAGUUUGGUGCAUUUGGAAGAACUCGAAAUAAGCCAUUGCGACUCUUUGGAACAUAUAGUCUUCGAAGAAGCAGAAAAUGAGGAUGAGAUGGUUUCAAACAUGGAAGAUUGUCCUCUCUGUUGGCCUAAGUUGAGAACUCUCGAGAUAAUUAAUUGCGAAAGAUUAAAAUAUGUGUUUCCAAUCACUUUGGCUCAAGGACUUCCAUAUUUGGAAUCUAUUCAGAUAACUGAUUGUUCUCAACUAGAGCAUGUCUUCGAUGUGACAAAGGACAAGGAUGGACGUCCACCACAAGAAGGGCCCACCCAUCUUGUUGAACUCCGAAGUCUUAAGACUAUGAGAAUACAGAAGUGUUUGAAGCUGGCAUAUCUCUUUCCAACUCCCCUUGCUCAUAGUUUGUUGCAUCUGCAACAACUCUCCGUACAAUUCUGUGAAGGAUUAGAGCAAAUCUUUAAUUUUUCUCAAGAAAUGGUUGAGCUUGAGGUACGCCCACUCUCUGAUUUAACUUAUUUGGAGCUAUCCGCAUUACCAGAAUUGAAGUGGAUAUGGAAAGGGCCCAUCCAUCUUGUUAAACUCCAAAGUCUGAAGACUAUGAGAAUAGAGAAGUGUUUGAAGGUGGUAUAUCUCUUUCCAACUCCCCUUGCUCAAAGUUUGGUGCAUUUGGAAGAACUCAAAAUAAGCCAUUGCGACUCAAUGGAACAUAUAAUCUUUGGAGAAGCAGAAAAUGAGGAUGAGAUAGUUUCAAACAUGGAUGAUUGUCCUCUCUGUUGGCCUAAGUUGAGAACUCUCAAGAUAAUUAAUUGCGAAAGAUUAAAAUAUGUGUUUCCAAUCACUUUGGCUCAAGGACUUCCAUAUUUGGAAUCUAUUCAGAUAACUGAUUGUUCUCAACUAGAGCAUGUCUUCGACGUGACAAAGGACAAGGAUGGACGUCCACCACAAGACAUUGUGCUACAGAGAUUACAAAUUUUAAGACUUAAAAAUUUAGAGAAGUUGAAUAGUUUUUGUUCAGAAAAUUCUGUCAUGUCGUUAUCUUUAAAGGAGAUCGAAGUUAGCAAUUGUCUUCAAUUGACUGACCGAGGAAUUAAGACGUUGCAGGCUCAUUUAAAGGAUGUUUCAUUAUAUGGUUUCAAGGAAUUGUUAUGCAAUACCAAAAAUCUUACAGCGGAUGAAAUCAUAUAUCCCAAAAAUCUCAUUCCAAACGUAGAUCCAGAGGGACUAAAUGAAUUAACUUUUCUUGCACUUAAACAUGGCAAGGAGUGGGAAUGCUUGAUUGAUACAACAGAUCAAGGCCAUGUCUCAACUACUCCACUGCUGUCAAAUUUAACAAGUUUGGAGCUGGAAUCAUUACCAGAAUUGAAGUGGAUAUGGAAAGGGCCGCGCCAUUAUGUUUGCCUCCAAAGCCUCAAGGUUGCAGAAAUUAGUCGCUGCAAUAGAUUGAAAUAUCUCUUCUCACCAUCUCUUGCUCAAAACCUGGUGAUGCUAGAACAACUCAAGAUAGAAUAUUGUGAUGAACUGGAAUGCAUAGCCACAGAGUUGGAAAGUGAUGAUAAUAUAGAAUCAGACGGUGGUCUUCUCCAUCCCCUGCUCUUGCCAAAAUUGACAUAUCUUGAAAUACAUGCUUGUCCAAGACUACAAUAUCUCUUCAAUGUGGCAAAAGAAAAGAAUGGAGUUGAUCAUGCCAUUGUGCUUCCUCACUUACAAUGUCUACAACCUGGAAACUUGAUAAAUUUGAGUAGCUUCUGCGCAGAAAACUAUCCCAUCGUUUCACCAUCAUUGGAAAAAUUAAUCCUUGUGGGCUGUCCUCAAUUGGAAAAUUUCAUUAUUCAACAAGCAAUCCACAAACAGCUUCAACCACAGGAAUUACGAUUCUCUGAAUUGAGACAAGACAACAUGUGCAACAAUGUUAAUUUGGAGAACACAUUUCAAAUUCAAGGCGGACACUUGCUCUCAAGGAUAGAGGUUUUAAAUCUAGACGAUAUAAAUCAGUUGCAAGGUCCCAUCCAAGUUGCAAGCCUUCCUUAUCUUAAACACUUAAACGUGUUAAAUUGUAAUAGGCUGAAAUCUCUAUUCUCUUCUAUGCUUGCUCAAAAUUUGCCGCAAUUGAAAUUUUUGGAUAUAGAGUGUUGUGGGGAGUUGCAAGAAAUCAUUGAAAUGGACCAAACUUCAAUAGCAUCAUCAUCACAGGGUCAUCUCCAUCCUAUAUCCUUCCCUAGUCUUCAAUGGAUACAGAUUUCUGGGUGUGGCAAUUUGAAAAGCUUGUUUCCUAUUAGUGCCACUCGUUCUCUUUCAAACCUCCGGCACAUGUACAUUAAAAGGGCUUCUAAACUAGAGCAAGUAUUUGGGUGUCAAGGUGGGCUAAACAUUGAAGAUGAUCAAAAGGGAAUAGUGCUCCCUAAAUUUCAAGUAUUGUGUCUUCAUGAGCUAUCAAGCCUAAAGAGUUUUGCUCCAAUGGGUUAUCAUUUUCGAUUCCCUUCUUUGUUUCGUUUUGACAUAAACAAAUCUCCCAAGUUGACCACAAGUGUCAUCAUGGGUUCAAAACAUCCUGUGCCUACCAUAACAGAGGAACCCCAACAAGUUCAGAAUAAUACAACCAAAGGUUUCACCACAAUGGAAGAAAUAGUCGAUAAUCAAUCCACCUGCAAUGAUAUACGCUGGUAUCGUAGCUGGGGCGGAAAAAUACCUCUAUAUAUGACUGUGGGAGAAACAAGAAUAAUGUUAUGCGAGGAGGAAGUGAAAAAUUCAGGAGAAACUUGUUAGCUAAGCAGGUGGUUAAUACUUGAUUGUGCUUAUCCUCAAUCGAGCUUUCUGUUUUAUGGCGCCAUCAAUUGAUUGGAUCUUUGCUUUUUCAGCUUUACUUUGCAGUGAAGGACUAAUUUACUUAAUGUUGCAUUGCAUUUACUUGCAUGUUUGAUAUUGUGAAAUAAAGCCAUGUUUAGUCAUUCAUUUACGACAAAUUUCAUGAAUUUUUUUUUUUUUUAUAUUUGUACUCAAACUCAAGCUUACAUGUCUCAUAUAUCCUCUUUUUAUCACUUGACCAAGAGAUUGUUGGCAAAAUUCUUGUACUCUUAAGAAACACGGUUUUUUGUGUUUAGUUAGGCUUGCUGGUUCUUUAUUAGUUCCUUAUUGCAGCUUGUAUGUAUGAGUAGUACAUAGUUAUGUCUACUUGCAUUUCAUA